CUAUAAAUUUCCUUCGUCCUAAACUUAUUGCUGCCUCUGUAUCAUUACAAUUCUUAAUGAUUGAAAUAACUUUAUAAGAGAAAUCACGGUUGUAAUUAGCAUUUUGAUAAUAAUGGCCGCCAAAUCGGAGGAAAUAGGUGGUCCUAAGUUCGAGCGGGCGACACAAGCGCAAAUUAAAUUCUAUGUUGAAUACUGUAAGAAGCAUCCUGAAAUUUCACAAUACCUUUCGAAAAGACGUGGAAAGAUUGCUCCUAUCCAUAUACAAGAGUUAUGGUCUCAGUUAGCAGACACACUUAACUCGAUGAAUGGGCCUACUAGGACUGCAAAAAAAUGGCAGGAAUCAUUGGCAAUGUGGAAAAAUAAGUUACGUGCCCGGGCCCGUCAAAACUCGGCGCAAACCGGUAAAAGGUGUCGCCAAGAAGACCUAUUGAAGUUAAUUGAAAGUAAAUACUCAAAAUAUGAUGCAGUUCCUACUAUGAAAAAACGCCAACCUGAGAAACCUGCAAAUGUGCAUCAUCAGACAGAAGAUAGCGAAGCUACAUGUGAUCUUGAAUUGCCCUUCGAUUCAAUUUUCCUACCUUGCGAUGGCAUGAUGGGCAGCACUUCUUCGUCUUCGAGGUCACCUUCUCCCGUCUCAGACGUUUCCCCCGCACCUGCUUCGAAAACGUCAAAAAAGCAAACUAAAAAAUCCGUUAAUUCUCAAAGAGGGAAUUUUUCUGGAAUUUGUAACACGCUUAUUAAAAGCUUAGAAGCACGUAGAGAAAGGGAGGAAAUACUCUCUAUAAACCAACAAAAUGUUAUCAUGAAAUUAGAUCAAACGUUGACUGCUAUGAAUCAGGUUUUAGAAAAAAUCGACUUUAAAUUAUAUAGUGUCUUGAGCGAAUGACGCCUGCAGUCAGAUUCCAACAUUCGCUGUCGCUAAUUUUGAUCAACAAAAUCUCCAAAAGAAAUCAGGCGCCCUUAACAACAUUAAACAUCUAGUUGAAUGCUCCACAUACUGCCAGACUUGGCUGAUUACACAUUACACAUGUUACUUUUUCAUGUCGUAUAAUUUUAGGCCCCACUGCUUUUUAUUUGGACAAUUUUGGCAACGAAAAUUUAUGGUAGCACUUCCAAAAUUCCACUGCAGAUCACAUAAGAAAAAGGGUUCUAAGCCAUAGUGCUCAUAAAUUAAACAAAAGAUCAGCUGACGAACCCGCUUUCAAAAACUUUUACUCAAAAUUUAAUUUUGUGAAAUUGUAUAAAUAUGUGUUCGUUUGGAAUAGUCGCUUAUGUCGAAAGGCUGGCUUUAGUAUAAUGCGGCAUUCGCAGCAUACGAUUCCGAAUGACCCUCUGGCGCCGAGCCGUUGAAGAACUUUUGGCAAAUAAACGUGCUAGAAAUAAUUCCGAUACUAUCAAAUCAAUAUUCUUAUUAAGUCUCAUCAAAAAAUUCCUUUUGGUUUAAAGAAUAACGGGAAUGCCGCAUUAUACUAAA